CAGCGCUGAGGCUGAAGCUGUUUGUUGCUGCGCCGCCACCGCCCGAACCAUGGUCCACGCUCCACUCGGGCUCUCUUAGCAGCAGCCGCCGCCGCCGCCGCCCUUUGAUCGCUGGCUUCACUUCCUCCUUUUCUUCUUGCUGAGCCACUUUCCUCCUAGAGCUAUGACCGUCGUCUCCGUUCCCCAGCGGGAGCCACUUGUCCUGGGCGGCCGCCUUGCGUCUCUGGGCUUUUCCGCCCGCGGUUACUUCGGGGCCCUCCCGAUGGUGACCACGGCCCCGCCGCCUUUACCCCGGAUCCCGGACCCCCGGGCACUGCCCCCUACCCUUUUCCUCCCUCACUUCCUCGGGGGAGACGGUCCUUGUCUGACCCCGCAGCCUCGCGCCCCUGCACCUCUGUCCAACUGUAGUCUAGCUACGGCGGGAGGCACCCCUCGGGCAGCGCCAAAGAAGCGGCGAAAGAAGAGGGUGCGAGCCAGCCCGGCGGGGCAGCUGCCCAGCCGCUUCCAUCAGUACCAGCAGCACCGGCCGAGCCUCGAGGGCGGGCGGAGCCCCGCGACGGGCCCGAGCGGAGCGCAGGAAGUCCCGGACCAGGCGGCCAAUUUGGCCCCAGGUCCUGCGGCCGCAACCCAAACUGAGGAAGCGAGCCCUUUCCCCGGCCAGCUGCCGCCCGCGGCGCCCGGCCAGCCCUUGUUCAGAAGAGAGGUUUUAAAAUCAAAGAUGGGAAAAUCGGAGAAAAUUGCCAUUCCCCACGGCCAGCUUGUUCAUGGUAUACACUUGUGUGAACAACCAAAGAUAAACAGACAGAAAAGCAAAUAUAACUUACCACUAACCAAGAUCACCUCUGCAAAAAGAAAUGAAAAUAACUUUUGGCAGGAUUCUGUUUCAUCUGAUUUACUCCAGAAGCAGGAAAAAAAGCCUUUUAAAAAUACUGAGAACAUUAAAAAUAUGCAUUUGAAGAAAUCAGCAUUUCUAACUGAAGUGAACCAAAAGGAAAAUUAUGCUGGGGCAAAGUUUAGUGAUCCACCUUCUCCUAGUGUUCUUCCAAAGCCUCCUAGUCACUGGAUGGGAAGCACUAUUGAAAAUUCCAACCAAAAUAGGGAGUUGAUGGCAGUACACUUAAAAACGCUCCUAAAAGUUCAAACUUAGAUCUCAGAUUGCAGUAUGUCUGUUAAACAGUUUUUUCAAAAUCCCUGGACUCUUGAAAAGAAAAUUGGUACAGAAAUGGAAAUUUGCCUUGUAACAUAAAAGUGCAAAAGAGGAGUUAAAAAAAUUAUAAACAACUUGUAUUAUAUUUUAUAUUUUGUAAAUACUGUAUACCAUGUAUUAUGUGUAUAUUGUUCAUACUUGAGAGGUACAUUAUAGUUUUGUUAUGAAAGUAUGUAUUUUGCCCUACCAGUUGGUAGGUGUUUUGUAUAUAUACAAUGGAGAAAUUUUAAGUGUGCUAAGGCACAUGGAAGACCGAUUUAUUUGCACAAGGUAAUGAGAUUUUUUUUAAAGAACAGCUAUGUAAUCUCAAGGUGAAGAUCUAAAUGUGAACAGUUUACUAAUGCACUACUGAAGUUUAAAUCCGUGGCACAAUCAUUGUAAACAUGGGGUUUGUCUGUGUUUCUCUAAAUUGAUUUCUGCUUUCUAAUCUGUAAUUACUGGAAAACUCCUGUUCCCAUUUUUACCAAACUUAAUUUCUGGUUUUUGGUUUAUCCAUUCAAAUUUAAAAUACCUCUAGUUUCAAUGCCAACAAAAUUGGUUGUAAUCAAAUUUUUAAAUAUAAUAAUAAUUUGGCCCCCCCUUUUA